UACAAGCCUCAAAUCUUUGGAAUACCUACACUAUCUAAUUUGGGCCUCAUAGGUCAAAUUCUCAAAGUCAUUGGAAACUUGGGGCAAGCUAAACGUGAAGAGAAUUUGGUGGCUUUAUUAAGAAUUAUUUGGGGAUCUGCCAAUUUGGUGGUGCGGCUAGCAGUUGGGCCGAAGGUGCGGAGGCGUGGCGGCAUGGCUCUGAGUCCGAUUAAUCCAGGGAGAAGGAUUGAUCAGAAUCAACAUUUGAAUCACGAGUAUCCCAUGAUGGAAGUGCAGAGGAAGAAUGAUGGUGACCGUAUUUACUGCGAUGGGUGCGGUGACCCAGUGCUUGGGCCUAGCUACACUUGCAACAUUUAUAACUUCGAUCUCCAUAAAUCAUGUGCCGAGUUACCGGGUGAGAUCCACCACCCGAUCCACCGCAAGCACCCACUUACUCUUGACACAAGUGGCAGGGAAAAGAGUUGCAGUGCAUGUCAUCAAGAUUGCAUCUCGAGGUUCAGUUACAGUUGUUUCCAAUGUGAGUUCAACAUUGACCUCCAAUGUGCUUCCAAUUGGCGCAACAUUCUUGACUUUCAUGACCACAAAUUCACCCGACUUAGGAAGCCAGCGAAAUUACCUUGUGAAGCCUGCGGCAUAGAUAGCACCGCCUUGUACCUCUGCAGCAUCUGCCAGCUCCUGGUCCAUGGGAGUUGUUAUAGGUUACCUAGCCACGUCAAAACGGUCCAGCACCAACACCGCCUAAAGCUCACCUGGUGGUUUGAAGAUACUUUUCCAAAAAUCCAAAAUUACUGUGACCUCUGUUUUGCACACAUGGACAAAAGCCGCGCAGUUUAUUAUUGCGAACGUGAAUAUUGCAGUUAUCUCCGUACCCUAGUUAGCUAG